AUGGCAGACCUUGUGCUUCUUGAAGAUUUGCAACAAGCACUUUUGCGCAGAGAUCGCAUUUUCAGGGACCGCACAGACUUACUCGCUGAAAGUGAUGAGUGGCUCAUUAGUCGUUUUCGUUUGCCAAGGCCAAUUUUGCUUGAUUUGUGUCAGCAGUUCUCGCAACUUUUGGAGAGGCCAACAAAGCGCACCAGUGCAGUCCCCGUGCACACUCAGGUUCUUUCUACUAUUGGCUUUUUAGCCACUGGCACAUUUCAAAGGGAAAUUGGUGACAGGUCUGGUAUUUCUCAACCCACCGUGAGCCGAAUUAUGCCACACGUUUUACAUGCAAUUAUAUCACUUACAUCACAGUACAUUACGUUUCCAAAUACCGCAGCGGAAAGGACACAAAUUAUGACCGAUUUCUAUAACAUCACAGGAUUUCCAAGUGUAAUAGGGGCAGUUGACUGCACACAUGUUGCCCUGAAAGCUCCUACUGUUGAUGAAUUUGCAUUUCAAAAUAGAAAAGGCUAUCACUCCAUUAACGUGCAGGUAAUCUGUGAUGCACACUUGAACCUGCUAAAUGUAGUUGCGAACAGCCCGGGAGGGACACACGAUUCCUUCAUUGUGCAGAACAGCAUCAUGGGACUUCGUUUUGAGCAAAGCGCUGCUGGAGAAGGCUGGCUUUUUGGGGAUCGAGGAUAUGCCCUUAAAUUCUGGCUGAUGACCCCAGUGGCAAACCCGGUAUCCCAAAAGGAGCUGAAUUACAACCGAGCACAUGAGCGCACAAGAAGUUCAGUAGAAUGUGCAAUAGGCUUGCUGAAGGCUCGAUGGCUGUGUCUGUCAGACAGAGGAGGCAUAUUGCAAUACAAACCCGACAAGGUGUGCUAUAUAGUUAAAGCAUGCAGUGUGCUGCAUAAUAUUGCCAUUAAAAACGGUAUACCACUGGAUGAGAUGCCGAUACAAGAAGAUCGCCAUAUGGCAGAAGGUUUUGACCCCAUGCCAAAUGCUGUGGCCAUGCAACUAAGAGCAGGGAUAAUCGAAUGGUUCUAA